AUGUACCAACACUAUUCGCCGGACAGCAGUAACGUCAGCCUGUUGGCAACGAUGGCACAAGCAAUGCGACACCUUAAUGCCACACUCACGACAGUGGGUAACGGUAGCGGUGGUAGUGCACUACACCACUCACCGAUCGCCACCCUCGUUGGAUUGCCAGCGCUACUUGACCAGGUGCCCUUUCGCAACGACAGCACGGGCGGUGGUUUCAUUAGCCCGCAGGACGACACCGACGACGACGGUACGCCAACGAUCUCGAUGGACAAUCUUUACCCAGCGCUCAUACAGUGUUUUGCCAUCAUCAUCUGUGGAUAUCUCGCAGGGCGUUUGAAUAUCAUCAGCAACUUUGAAGCGAAAGGUCUCAACACCUUCGUCGGGACGUUCGCGCUUCCAUCGGUAAUUUUCCUCUCCUUGGCUGAACUGAACUGGAGUACGGUCAAUUGGAACUUUCUGCUUUCGAUACUGAUCGCAAAGACGAUCGUGUUCCUGUCGGUAGCGAUCAUUUCGCUACUGGUUGCACGACCCGUCAACUAUGGCCGGGCCGGACUGUUGGCGAUCUUCUGUACCCAGAGCAAUGAUUUUGCCAUCGGAUAUCCAAUUGUGUCGGCGCUGUAUUCAAAAAUCCAUCCCGAGUAUGCGUCCUACAUCUACCUUCUGGCUCCAAUCUCGCUGGCCAUCCUCAACCCCAUCGGAUACGUACUGAUGGAGAUCUCCAAAAUCAAGGACAAAAAUGCAGAAAAUAAUACGUCAACGAACGCAGAGACAAGUCCCCCACCAACUACAUGUCCCGAAUUAGCCGCCCAGAAUCGACGAAAAAUUCUCAAAGGAAAAGCGCUCGUCGUGAUCAAAACGGUCGAAUCGAUUUUCUUCAACCCGAUCCUGCUCAUGACACUGCUGGGUGUGAUCGGUGGUCAAAUAUUUCCCAACGGUUUGCCGGUUUAUCUGUCGAGCGUUUUGCGCUCGCUGGGUAACUCUUUCUCAGCCACCGCGCUUUUUCUGCUAGGAUUGCGCAUGGUCGGUAAGGCUUCGACGCUCCAGGGUCCGGGAUUGAUCCUGCCCGGGAUACUGAUCCUCGUGAAGCUGCUCGUGUUUCCGCUCAUCACACGCCAGACGGUAAACAUCAUGAACGCCGGUGCCAACUUCAGCGAAACGACGGACCUGAGUACGUUCGGGUUCCUGUACGGUACCUUUCCCGCUGCACCGGGCGUCUUCGUGAUUGCUUCACAGUACAAUCGCGAUGUGGAUUUGAUUGCAAGCAGCAUGGUUGCAUCGACAUUUAUCAGUGCACCGCUGAUGUUCAUCUCAGCUAAAAUGAUCACGAUUACCAACCUCACACCGGCCGACUAUCUCAAUGAGCUGGACAAGUUUUCGUUCGAUAUCAGUAUCGUGGCUAUCAUUGCAGGUGUUUGGACGCUGCUGCUGUUCGCGCUUACCCGCAAGGUAAAACGGAUGCCGCAUCGCAUCACGUGCUGCUUGCUCGUGUCGCAGCUCAUCUGCAAUGUGGGCGUCAUACUGUGGUCAACGCUGGAACAAAACAGCCGCUGGAAGAUGUACCUUCAGUUUUACUUCUUCACCAUCGGCUGUUACAGCAGUCGGCUGUGGACGGCUUUCCUUGCGAUUACGAUACUGUUCCUCCAGUGCCGUAGCCUUUGCUUUGUGCUGAAACUGUGGCCAGUUUUUAUUGCCGCCGCUUGGGGUCUACCGACCAUAAUAGUGUCGUUGCUUCUCUUUCUGGACACCAAAAACAUUCUUCCGACGGAAAAGCGGAAUCCAAGUUUUCAGUAUGGCAAUGCCCAGGCCGCCAUUGCCGUGUUUCUGUUGGUAAUGUGCUUCAUAGUGACGGUAGGCUGUUUGAUAUUGCAUCAGCGUUUUAAGAAACGGCACGAACGAUACCUGACUCUUUCACGGGAGGUGUCCUCACCGGACACAGACACAAGCCCCGUCACGAGUAGCUCCGUGGUGAAUCUACUGACGGGUGGUGGAAAUUCUACCAUCCACCAGCGAAGACGCCAUUCGGUGACGUCGAGUGACGAUGAAAUCCUCCCGGCCGCAGCUACCAGAUGCGAGCAGGCGCCAGUAGGAAAUGGUGGAUGCAGCGAUGGGAAAAGUGGAGCCUGCUGCAGCAGUUCGUCCGGUACGAUUCGCACGGUGGUGGACAUUGAAGAUCUCGCGAUCGGUGCCAGUAUCAAUAACGAUGUAAACGAACCCGGUUCUCCAACGCUCGAAUCGAAUGGAAUGUGUUCGGCACAGUUUAACUGUCCGGCGGCUGGUAAGCAGCAGUGCCAAUCGUUGAUCGAUCGCUACCGAGAACAGGCCAGCGAUGGGUUGGAACCAGUCGAGUACGAUAAGACCGGUGACCAGCAACAGAUACUACGGCACAUGGUGCUACUGAUCCUACUGCUAUGCUCAAUGUUUGUCGGUCUGUCGCUGUCCGUGUGGACGCUUAUAAUGGAGGGUAUGUCCGGCAUUUACGUCGAGCUAACGUUUCUCGAUGCGUUCCUGAACUUCGGGCAGAGUAUUAUCGUGCUGGCUGUGUUUAUUACCGACACCGGGGAGUUGCUGUUGCCGAUGAUGAAGUUCUGGCGCAAGGUUUGGUACGGAGCGAACUUGCUACAGUUACCGAUCUGGUCCGAACUCAGCACGGAAACACGCCACAUUUGCGAUCAGUUCACAACGCAUCAUUUGGAAAUAUGUCGGAAAGCGAUUGCAAAGGAUAUACGCUGGCGCAUCAAAGUAUAUCGACGAGUAUUCUAUGGUAGCGUUUUUGUCGAUUGGCUGUUGGAGGUGGGUCUGGCUAAGGAUCGAACGGAUGCAACGCACUAUGCUCGCCGGCUGAUUGAUGGACGCGUCCUGCGACACAUCAAUAACGUGUACCACUUUCACGAUCGUAAUCUGCUCUACACGUUCUGUGAACGGUUGUAA